GCAGUCUGGGGUAAAGUCAAAGAGUGAUUUCUAGACACCUGCUCCUCCACUGAAUUCCCCGGGCCCAAACCUCCAGGACUUGUUUGCUGCGAUCUGUGAUGGCUGCGCAAAGCUCGCGAACGUUCACCAUCGAGGAGGUGUCCAAGCACAACAAGGAGGGAGACCUGUGGAUCGUCAUCGAUUCAAAGGUGUACGACAUCUCCAAGUUCGCGAACCUACAUCCAGGAGGAACUGGUAUUCUUCUGGCCGAAGCUAUAGCGGGUAAGGAUGCUACGCAAGCGUUCUUCGGUCUGCACCGGCAGGAGGUGCUCCUGAAACCCCAAUACGCUCGCUUGCAAAUUGGCUUGAUUGCUGGCGAAGAACCUGUUGUCAAGCCUCUGGCCGUGGACGAGCCUUCCCGUGUCCCAUAUGCUGAACCGUCGUGGCUGUCAGCCGGUUACCAUUCCCCAUAUUACAAUGACAAUCACAGGAGGUUCCAGAGAGCGAUGCGCAAGUUCGCGAUGGAAGUCGUUUAUCCCGAUGCAGUCAGGUGUGAAGAAAAUGGCAAGCGCAUCUCCCAGGACGUCGUGCAAAAGCUCUGUGAGAUGAACAUCCCGGCCAUGCGUCUUGGUCCCGGUAAGCACCUCAAGGGGCGUACGCUGCUCGGAGGCGUCACUACCCCGGAGGAGUUCGAUCACUUUCAUGAGCUGAUUGUCAACUUUGAGCUUUCGCGUUUCGGGACACGAGGUUACAUUGAUGGCCUUCUUGCAGGCGAGGUCAUCGGCCUCCCUCCUGUACUCAACUUCGGCUCGCCUGCGCUGCAGGCUAAGGUUGUGCCUGAAGUGCUCGACGGGAAGAAGUUCAUCUGCCUCGCAAUCAGUGAGGCGUUCGCCGGCAGUGAUGUUGCCGGUUUGCAGACGACAGCUGAAAGAGAGGGCGAUGAGUGGAUCAUCACCGGAACGAAGAAAUGGAUCACAAACGGCAUGUUUGCCGACUACUUCACUGUUGGUUGCAGGAGCAAGGAUGGAUACGUCGUGGUUCUUGUCCCGCGAUCGGAUGACGUUUUCACAAAGGCCAUUAAGACUGCCUACUCAUCCACGGCCGGCACAGCAUACGUGACAUUUGAAAAGGCGCGCGUUCCGGUUGCAUACACGCUCGGCAAGGUCGGCGAGGGUUUGCAAGUAAUUUUGAGCAACUUCAACCACGAGCGAUGGAUGAUCGUCUGUACGAGUCUCAGCGCACAGAGGAUGGUCGUCGAGGAGUGCCUGAAAUGGGUCAACCAACGUAUGGUUUUCGGCAAGCCCCUCAGCUCCCAACCGGUAGUACGGGCAAAACUCGCCAGCAUGAUUGCUCGCGUCGAAUCGGGGCAGAGCUGGCUAGAGUCAAUCACCUAUCAGAUGAAUAACAUGUCGUACGCCGAACAGUCGGACAAGCUGGCUGGACAGAUCGGUCUGUUGAAACAAUACAUUACACGCACAGGGCGCGAGACAGCCGAGGACGCGACGCAGAUUUUUGGCGGACGUUCCAUCACUGCGAGUGGGAUGGGUAAGCUGAUUGAGAAUUACCACCGCACGUCGCCUUACGAUGCGAUCCUCGGAGGCCAGGAAGACGUAUUAGGUGAUCUAGGCGUGCGGCAGGCCAUCAAGAAGAUGCCCAAGGGAGCCAGAUUGUAGUUUUAAGAAGCACGAGUCUCUCAGCUCAUGUUACACCGUUUCUGCACACGAAUCAUCUAUUUCGAUGUAUUACUAGCUCGAUGCAACGAUUUGGUAUUGCAGGCUGCCGAAUAAAACUUUGCUUAGUCAUCAUUUCAAUCGCGCUCUAUGUACUUGGGGGCGGAGUUUUUAGAACGCCGAUCGCAUACGUUCGCACAGCUUAAACGCUGCAAGUCCCUUACAGUGUCCAUGUAUCUCGUAAGUUGGGGCCUCUGACGGGCAAUUGGAAUGAUGGUGGGCGAUGGAACACUUCUUGACCCGACUACAACGGCGGAGCGCGAGCAUCUGCGAUGGAUGCGGGAGGCAAUGCUCAUGGCCGAAGAAGCCUUAGCCGCCAGUGAAGUACCCGUCGGAUGUGUCUUCGUCCGGGAUGGAAAGAUCAUCGCUCGGGCGCGCAAUAGGACCA